AUGCACAUUCCAGCCAAUUUCCGCCAAUUUGACAUCCGUCAGGAUGGUCCGGGCAACAUUAUUAACAAUCCCAACAACAACAAUAACACCGAUGGCAGCCAGGAUAAAAACCACGCCUCCGGCAAUGAUAACUCGAGCAGGAACAAUAUCAUUAUAAUAUGCGUCGCUUGCAUCAUCUUCGCCGUGGCGUCCGCUUUAAUGACCUAUUUCGUCUUACGUACCCUCCGUCGCAUGAAUUGUCGCCCGAAAUAUCUGCCUGGGAAAUUCCUGAAAGACAAGUGGAAUAGGUGGAACGUGGGCGUCUCAUACGGACAGGUCCCGGGGUCGAAUAAUCAAAAUGCGAACACCACCAGAGACACACCCGCCGAAGGAGGUUCGGAAAUGCGAUCUACCACCCCCGCCGCCAAUAACACUAGCAAUGUUCGACGGGAUACAUCGGUUCGCUCGGUCAUCACCCUCCCCGCCUACUCGCCCAGUCCCAAGCCAACGGAGCAGGUCAUUGCUCGAGAGGGGGAGCGAGCAGGCAUGGAUAUGGUUGUCGAGUUCCCUGAAACAGCGGAAGAAGAGGAAUCCCGCCGAGAAGAAUUGAUGGAGUCGUUGUAUCAAAUUCGCUUGCAACGGCGAGAGGAGUUGGCCGACCGUGAAUGGCGGCGACAGGAGCGCCGGGAGGCUCGUGCUCGCGGGGACUAUAUUCGUCUUGAAGAACUUCGGCAGGAGAGUCGAGCCCGCGCGAGAAGUAGCGCGUCUGCCAACGGGAGUGCCUCAAACCUCAGCGCGGCUUUGGCGGAAUCUCGGAAUCGUGGUCGCGAUAGGCGUAUCUCCAGUGUCUCAUAUGCAGAACUGGGCCACGUGCGGCAUGAUGGGUCUCGUAUCAGAGCCACGUCACCCGAUUCGGACCGUCGUCCUCUUCUCACCGAUGCAUCAGCACCCGAUCGAUCCUCAGGGUCGAUUCUCACGGGUGUUCAUUCUCGAGGCGAGUCCUACUCGUCGUAUCAGUCUGGGGCAACCAACGUUUCCGACGCAGAUACUCUAACUCAGGUGCAAUCACAUGCAGUGUCUGCUCAUUCGGCUGAUCGCCCGUCAAUAGCGGUUGACGAGGGUGAUGUAGGUGAACUCAACAUCCCGCCGCCUGAGUACGAAGUUUUGGAAUGGGGAGAAGCGCCACCGUAUACGAGCCCAGUCGCAGAGAGAAACGAGCAUGCGCCGCAGCUCCGUGAAUUGACCCCUCUGCCCACCAUCCAUAUCGACGUGGCCAGCCCUAUAAGCAACACUCCCACUACGCCCACGAAUCCUCUGCGAGAAGAGGAGCGGGAAGAGCAACAAUCCACCGAACAGCAUACCACCGCUAAUCAACCUAUCAGCGAAGAACAUGCCGAAGAAGAACACCCUGCUUCUCAAUCAGCCGAAACCCACCUCUUGAGGGAUGACACUCAUAGUCACCAGUCCUCUUGA